AUCAUGAUAAUGACAGUGAAGACAAAAAGGACUAAAGUGAAGUACACAGUUUGAAUUGACUUUUUUCUUGAAGUAUCAUUGACUCUCUACCUUGUCAGGCCAAUUUAAACCAUAGAUAUAUUUUAACAUUCCAGUUCAAUAUAAGGCAUGGGAAAAAUGAAGAAAUAUUUGAUUUUUGGGCUUGGUGGAAUUACUAAUAGUGGAAAAUCAACGAUUGCAGCAAUGUUGUGUAAAAAUCUACCAUUUGUUGAAGUUAUGUGCCAAGAUGAUUAUUUUUUGGAUCCAGAUGAUGCUCAAAUUGAAAGAGAUGAAGAUGGCGUUCGAAACUGGGAGAAACUAAGUGCUUUGAAUAUGAACAAGAUGACAAGUGAUGUCGAGACCUGGAUAGCAAAACACAGCAGUAAAGUUUCAGACCAGAUAUCUGUUCUAGUCAUUGAAGGAUUUCUCAUCUUUAAUCACAGUAAACUUUCAUCCCUAAUGGAUUAUAAGUACUUCAUUCAAAUAAACCAAGAAACAUGUAAGGAACGUAGAAUAAAACGUGUGUACGUACCCCCAGAUCCUCCCAGUUAUUUUGAAAACUAUGUGUGGCCAAUGUACCUGGAUAAUUUGGAAGCAAAUACUGAUAAAGAUGACAUUGAAUUUAUAGAUGGCAUGUUAGAUUUAAACACAUUGUUUAGUGAAAUCUUACAACGGAUCAAUUCAGCAAUAGAGACAACAGCAUCUUGUAUUGGAAAAUAGCCAGUCAGUCAGCUCAUAUAGUUCAUAUGCAAAGCUACAUUCUUAAUUUGUUAAUUUUAUUUGAUAAUCAUACAUAACAUUUUUCUGUAAACUAUUUUUAAUUAAAGUUGAUUGUUAUUGCUGAUGGACAUUAUUAAAAAUAUUAAAAUUGUUUAUAU